AUGGAGUGUUAUUACAUUGUCAUCAGCUCCGCGCACCUCAGCAAUGGGCACUUUCGCAACAUCAAGGGAGUUUUCCGAGGUCCCCUCAGCAAGAACGGCAACAAAACUCUGGAUUAUGCUGAAAAGGAGAAUACGAUAGCCAAGGCUCUGGAAGACCUUAAAGCUAACUUUUAUUGUGAACUUUGUGAUAAACAGUAUUACAAACAUCAAGAAUUUGACAAUCACAUCAACUCCUAUGACCACGCUCAUAAACAGAGGCUCAAGGAGCUAAAACAGAGGGAGUUUGCUCGGAAUGUAGCAUCCAAAUCAAGAAAGGAUGAAAAGAAACAAGAGAAAGCUCUUCAACGCUUACACAAGUUAGCUGAACUCAGAAAAGAAGCUGCAUGUGCUCCAGGGAGUGGUCCUAUGUUCAGAUCCACCACGGUUAUGGUCCGAGAUAAUUUUAAUGAAAUUCCUCAGUGUGCUCUCAUUGACUCUACCAAAAAGGAACAAGAGUUCAACUUUGCACUGUUGCACAGUUCAAAGACUGCUAGUGAUGUUGCAUCUGUGGCUCCACUGAUGCCUGAUACUACAACUAACAGUGGACCAGAUAUUAAGCUUGGAGAUCAAGUGCAGGGACUCCAUGGACAUAAAGUAGGCUUUUCUUUUGCAUUUCCAAAGAAAGCAUCCAUCAAACUAGAAUCAUCAGCUGCUGCUUUCUAUGAAUAUAAUGAUGAAACAUCAGCUGAACAUGGAGUUAGUCGAAGAAGCCGAUUUGUUCCUGGGCCUGGCAAUCUUCCAGUCUCAUCAGCAGAAGAAAUAGCCUUGUGUUUUGAUGAGAAACCUAGUUCCAUUACUCCACUGAUGGAGAAACAUGAUGUUGACAAUGUGGAGUCAAUCCCAGCAGAAGACUCAAAUGAACCACCCACCGAAGGGAAUGGGAUACAGCAGGCCCCAGAAUUAAGACACCCUGUUUCUCAUUUAAAAGGGCCUGGGCUUGUUGAAUCAGACAGCUGUGGCACUGAGACAGAUUCUUCAGCUUUACCUGAUGAAAUGCUAACCAGACGAGUUUUUGGGAGCCAAGCCCUUCCUGUGGAAAGCAAUGGUAAUGAGCACGUGGGAAAUGAAUGUGCAGUUCUACCUGUGAAUGAAGAGCAUUUAUCACAAUACGAUAUCCAAGAGGAAAAUGACCCAAAUGUUAGCAAUGAUUCACUCGCUUCUGAAGUUGAAAUGAAAGAAUGCAUAUCUGAUGGGCCAAUUCCAGCCAAUUCUGAAGGGGAAAGGAGAGCUCUGCCUAAUAAACAAAUGCCAUCAAAAAGGCUUUGUGACCCAUUUGUUCCUGUACUUAACAAACAUGGAUACACCAUCCUUCAGUGGCCAUGUGAGAUGUUACUUUACACAAACACAGAGCCAUCUAUUUCAUACAGUUGUAAUCCUUUAUGUUUUGACUUCAGGUCAUCAAAAUCAAGUGAAUCCCUGGAGAAAAAUAAACAGCCGUCAAAUAUGCCUAAUUCAACCCAUAAGGCUGAAUCUAGCCAGGAUUUGGACUGCAAUCAUCCAGAUGAAUCUCUUUCAGUGGAUACUGAUUGUGCGGCUGUGGCACAGAUUCCUUCAGCAGAAAGCUGUGCUCUUGAGAAAAAACAAGAUGAAUUUUGCUUAGAUCCUUCACAGUCAACUGGAAAAAAAGAAAAAUAUCACAACUUUCUGAAAUCUGCCAAUGAACAAGAAAACAAAGGCUGGAACAAAAGGACACACGAAAAAUGGUUUUAUAGGAAUAGGAAGAGGAAAAGGAGGAGAAAGCAAUUUUAUCACCAUUAUGAGGAAAUGACCGAGCUCAGUGCUGAAAUUUCUCCGGUAGCUAAACAGCAAAAUAAUUUUAUUGAUAUUGAUAAACAUCUGAAGCUUCAUGGUACUUUGGAACAAGGCAUAAAUGAAAGUCAGUCAAGAGAUUUAGUUUUGCAGCAAUUAGAGGAAACAGCCAAAAUACCUGAGAAGGAAGAUCAUGAUUAUCCUGGGACCAUAUCUAUAACCACACAAGUCCAUAGGACCCAAAGUCCUCAGACAGUUUGGAACACAAGUGACAAAAGGGAUUGUUGCAUUAAUUCUAACCAUCUAUGGAUAAAGAACAAGCCAGUCAGUCACAGACAAUCAAAUAAAGCAGGAUCUAAUUCUGGAAGAUGCAACUCAGUUUACUCUAGACCAUUUUGUAACUGGACUACCAGAAGACAAUGCAGUAACCCAGACCAUAAACAUUUAAGCCAUUAUCCUGAUAAAAAGUGCACAAAUCAGGCACAACCCAUAAAGAGAGCCUAUCAUUCUGUCAUUGAUGAACCAGAAAGAUCGCACAGAAAGCGAAGAUAUCAUAUCCACUCUUAUUCUUCAGAUGAAAGUUCAGCGGCACAAACCUGUUUCUCAGAAGAGAAUGUCAGGCAGUUAAGCAAAUUAGCAGUAGCUUGUAAGCCUAAACGGAAACGAAGGAGAAAAAGAACAAGGAUUCAUGAUAUAUUUAUAGAGAAGAGACCAAGAAGGAAUAUCAGUGUCAGAUCUCCAACAGAAGUUGUGAAGUUUGAGGAUUCUCCCAGAAAAUCAACUGAAGAAAAUCUAGAGCAAACAAGUUCCCAUUCCAACACAGAUUAUGCAAAAAACAUAGAAAACAAAGUGCAGCCAGUCAGAAGUCAAACAGACUCACCAUCUGAACAUCUAGUUUCAUCAGAAAAUAUCCAAGGCUCAAACUCUUCCAUCUCAGAGCCUACUCCCUGUCUGGAAGAAUCCAGAUCUUCUUCUUCUCCUGUUACUGAACACAGCAUUUCAGCAGUAGGGAAAUCCAGGGACAUGCUGGAAGGACGAAAACACAAAAAUGUGAGUGUUCCUGAAAUUCAGGCUUCUCUUAAAAUGUCCACCUUGGAAAGAAAUCCAAACCAACUUCCUCCUAAAGCCUUUCUGUGUCAUGAUGAAGUUGCCGAGACUACACCUCAAGAGAAGCGAAACCCAUCGGCUAACGAGUGGCUGAAGUAUGCCCCCGAUAUAUUGAACAGUAUGCCUCCUUUGCACUUGAAGGAAACCCACGUGAACAGCCAUGCUUUCUUAACCACAGAACAGAUUCUCACCCCGUUCACCUUCCCUGAACAUGCGCUGCUCUUGCCUACAGAAACCCAUGACAAAUUCAAGGAUCUGCAGCUUGAGGCCUACCACCAGAUCAUCCAGCAAAACAUGCUAGCUAGUAAGAUGAAGCUGACCUUCCCUCCAGCAGCACUGCAACCUUCCAGUGCUGCCCUCCCGCCUCUCCCCUUGCAACAGCAGCCUCUGUGUUCUACCUCUGUCACCAUGAUCCACCACACUGUUCUUCAGCAGCAUGCGGCGGCGGCAGCCGCUGCUGCGGCUGCCACAGCAAGUACAUUUAAGGUCCUCCAGCCUCACCAGCAAUUUCUUUCCCAGGUCCCAGCUCUUUCACGUGUCCCUUUACCUCAUUUGUCAGUUGGGCCAAGGCUUUGCCCGACGGGCCACACAACCAUGGUUGGUCCACCACAGUUGCCGGUCAUUCCAGCUUCGGUUCUCCACUCAAGCCAUCUGGCUUUUCCUCCUUUGCCACACACUCUGUUCCCAUCCCUCUUGUCCCCACACCCUGCUGUCAUUCCAUUGCAGCCCCUCUUUUAGGACCCGCUGAACAGUUUAAAUGAAUGGGCAAGUCCUAAAUUGAAGGAACACCAACUCCGUUGAUCAAAAUCCAGAAGAAAUCCCUCUACCAGUAGCCUAAAAUGAAAAGGUUACUAAAGCCCCUGGACUGGGAAUUGAUUUGCUAUUGGAUUAACAAUGCAAAUAUUUAUGUGUAAAGUGCAGAUUCAUAAUAAAGUUAAGGCACUGAAUAGUCUUUAUAUAGAUAUAGAUAUAAAUGUAUGUAUGUAUGAAGAUCAUGAUUUAAAAUAUGUUAACAUGUAUA